UCCACAUCAGAAUCAGAAAAAUAUCAAGCUAAACUUGAUAAUUUGAUGCUUGACAACAUCAGAAACUUAAAUGAUAUUCUUGAUAGUAUAUUUCAAACAUGUAUUCAAAAGAUUGAUGAUAGUUUGUAUGAAUUGGAAUCUCCAAUGCAAACUGGCAAUCAAAAUUCAACCCCAGAAUAUACCUUAUCAAUGAUAGAGAAGGCAACAACUGAGACUUCGGAAUUCUCCUCUUCUCUUAAAAAAUUUUUACAAAGCAAUCGAACAAAAGAUCAUACUGAAGUGAUCAAAUCUGCUACAAAUUUCUCACAAGCAAUUUCCGAAGUGCUGGUAAAUGCCAAAGGUAUUAUACGUCUUGCAGAUGAAGAUGAUGAAAUAACAGAUGAAAUUAUGGGGGCUUCCAAAAUGGCUGCAAAUAUGUCUCAACAGUUCUUAUUGAAUGUGCAAUCGUUCAAGCUCGACAAUUUGUCAGAAUCACAACGAACUGAGUUGGUAUUGCAAAGUGAUAAGAAUGUUCAAAAUGCUCUGCAAAAGGUCUCUAAAGUAGUCGAAGGUAUGUUGAGGCAUAAUCUAGAUGUUACUAACAAGGCCGAUGGUGAAAUUGGCAAUUUAGUAGAACAGGAGAUGAUGAAUGCAGCUAAAGUUAUUGAGGCAGCCACUGCAAGAAUUCAAGCUUUGAUGUUACGACCACGAGAUACUGGGCUCUCUGCCACUGAACUAAACGUGCAUGAUGCAAUCCUAGAAUCUGCAUUGGCUGUCACUAAUGCUAUUGCAAAUUUAAUACGGUGUGCUACUGCUUCCCAACAGGAAAUUGUUGCACAAGGACGUGGCUCGA